UUUCUGCAACACACAACCCCUUUCUCUCUUCCCUUUUUCCAUUGUCAGUUUGACCUUUGUCUCCUUUGUCUCCUUUGUCAGUCUCGACUAUUCUUACCCUGUUCUACAUUUACAUUUUCUGCUGCGUCCCCCUGAGAAAUGAACACUGGUGCAGAGGAUGAGUUUGCCCAGAGGUCCAACGGUUUUAUGGGCUGGCUCAAACAACACCCUGGGGUAAGGGUAAACCCCAAGAUUAGAAUUGCGGAUCUGAGGCCCACUGGUGCUGGCAGAGGCGUUGUCGCGUGUGAAGAGAUUGUCCAGGAUGAAGAGUUGUUUGCCAUUCCUGAAGAUUUGGUGCUCAGCGUUGCGAACUCGAAGAUAAAAGACCGUAUAAACUUUGCUGAUGAGAACUUCGAUACUUGGUUAUCCCUCAUUGUUACCAUGAUUUUCGAGUAUCUUCAGGGUGGGGUAUCGAAGUGGUCACCAUAUUUUGGCGUCCUUCCCACAGAUUUCGACACACUCAUGUUUUGGACAGAAAAUGAACUUCGCGAACUACAAGGAAGCUCAGUCUUGGACAAGAUCGGAAAACAGGAGGCUGACCAAGUUAUUUUGGAUAAAGUCCUGCCAGUUGUUCUUGAACAUCCUGACCUUUUCCCGCCGGUCAAUGGACUCGCUUCAUUCGACUCCCCGUGUGGUAAGGAAGUCGUACUUCAAUUGGCUCACCGGAUGGGCACACUUAUUAUGGCGUAUGCCUUUGAUAUCGAGAUGGAUCAAGAUGAAGACCAAGAUGGCGAGGAUGGCUAUGUUACGGAUGAUGAACAGGAGAAGGCGAAGGGAAUGGUUCCCCUCGCGGAUCUGCUCAAUGCAGAUGCUCAUCGAAAUAAUGCUCGGCUUUUUCAGGAGGAUGGAUAUUUCAUUAUGAGGUCCAUAGCGCCCAUUAGCAUCGAAAUGGAGAUCUUUAACGACUAUGGUGAACUUCCCCGCUCAGAUCUCCUUAGGCGAUACGGGUACAUCACCGAAAAUUACGCUCCAUAUGAUGUUGUCGAGAUCUCCCUCGAGGCAAUUUGCAACAUAGCCGGUGUUGAGGAAGGUUGCUGUCAGCUUGAGCUUCUAGAAGAUGCCGGAGUUCUCGAAGAUGGAUAUGCCCUCUCCCGACCUGAGGGUGACGCCAUCACAACGGAGGCCAUCCCGGCGGAGUUGCUUAUCCUCUUGCGAACCUUGAGGAGUCCUCGAAAAGAUUUGGAUCAGAUGAGAAAGAAGGGAAAAUUGCCCAAGGCGGAGCUUGACAAACCUUGUGCGAGGCUCUUGGUCGAGAUCCUCCAAAAUCGGCAAAAGGAUUACCCCACAACAAUUGCGCAAGACGACGAAUUGCUUCAAGCUCUUGGUUCCUCGCAGGUCCAUCGCCGAGAAAUGGCUGUUCGAGUGAGGAAAGGGGAGAAAGAAAUAUUGCAACUCCUCCUCGACAAACUCCUCAUGUAUAUCAAUGGAACCGCGGAAACGGAAAAAGGGCAACCGAAACGGCCCAUGGCCCAAACUGCGCAAGAAAGGAAAAAGCAAAGAAUGAAAUAA